AUGCUGUGCGCACCGAGGCUGUGCGGUGCGGGGACCGCGGCUUCGCAGCUGCUGCGUGCUUGGCGGGGCUGCCUCCUCGCAGCGUGCCGGGCCCGAGGGGUCAGCACCAGCUGGUUCCCGGUGGGCGCCGCCUUCAGUGUCAAACCUCAGGGUCGCCGCCUGGACCUCUUCGGCGAGCGCCUGGGCCUUUUUGGCGUUCCUGAGCUCAGUGCCCCGGAAGGGUUUCGUGUUGCGCAGGAGAAGGCCUUGAGGAAGACGGAGUUGCUGGUGGAGCGAGCAUGCAGGACGCCUCCUGGGCCGCUGACUGUCCUCAUCUUCGACGAGCUCUCGGAUUCCUUGUGCCGAGUGGCCGAUCUGGCUGACUUUGUGAAAAUUGCGCACCCUGAUGCAGCAUUCAGAGAGGCUGCAGACGAAGCAUGUAGAAGCAUCGGCACCGUGGUGGAGAAGCUGAACACAAAUGUGGAACUGUAUCAAAGUUUGCAGAAAUUGUUAGCUGAUAAAAAGCUUGAGGAGUCCCUUGAUCCAGAAACCAGGCGAGUGGCUGAACUGUUUAUGUUUGAUUUUGAAAUUAGUGGAAUCCAUUUAGAUAAAGAAAAGCGGGAAAGAGCAGUGGACCUCAACGUUAAAAUCUUGGAUCUGAGUAGCAUGUUUCUGAUGGGAACCAAUGUCCCAAACAAGAUUGGGAAGCAGCUCCUGCCGGAACACAUCCGCCGCCACUUUAUCACCUACGGGGAGCACGUGGUCAUCGAUGGGCUGCAUGCAGAAGUGCCUGACGACCAGGUGCGAGAAGCUGCUUAUAAAAUUUUUCUUUAUCCCAACGCUGAUCAAUUGAACUGCUUAGAAGAAUUACUCAGAAACAGAGACCUGCUGGCCAAGUUAGUGGGAUAUUCUACGUUCUCCCACAGGGCUCUCCAGGGAACAAUAGCUGGGACUCCAGAGACUGUCAUGCAAUUCCUUGAGAAACUAUCAGACAAGCUUUCUGAAAGAACUUUAAACGAUUUUGAGAUGAUGCGAGGGAUGAAAAUGAAACUAAAUCCCCAAAAUGCUGAACUGAUGCCGUGGGAUCCGCCGUACUACAGCGGUGUGCUUCGUGCGGAGAGGUACAAUAUUGAACCCAGCUUGUACUGCCCGUUUUUCUCCCUCAGUGCAUGCAUGGAAGGUUUGAAUGUUUUGUUUAACCAGCUGCUGGGGAUUUCUUUAUAUGCAGAGCAGACUGCAAAGGGAGAGGUGUGGUGUGACGAUGUGCGGAAACUGGCUGUGGUUCAUGAAGCUGAAGGAUUAUUGGGAUACAUUUACUGUGAUUUUUUCCAGCGAGCAGGCAAACCACAUCAGGAUUGUCAUUUCACCAUCCGAGGAGGCCGGUUAACAGAGAACGGCGACUAUCAGCUCCCGGUCGUUGUUCUCAUGCUGAACCUUCCCCAGUCGGCAGGCAGCUCGCCUACCUUACUGACCCCGGGAAUGAUGGAAAAUCUCUUCCACGAGAUGGGACAUGCCAUGCAUUCCAUGCUGGGCCGCACUCGCUAUCAGCACGUCACUGGGACCAGGUGCCCCACUGACUUUGCAGAGGUGCCUUCCAUCCUGAUGGAAUACUUCGCAAGUGAUUAUCGGGUGGUUAACCAGUUUGCCAGGCACUAUCAGACUGGGCAGCCCCUGCCAAAAAAUAUGGUGUCUCGUCUUUGUGAGUCUAAAAAAGUUUGUGCUGCAGCCGAUAUGCAGCUUCAGGUCUUUUAUGCUACUCUGGAUCAAAUCUAUCACGGGCAGCAUCCCCUGAGGAGGUCAACCACAGACAUUCUUAAGGAAACACAGGAGAAGUUUUACGGCCUGCCCUACGUCCCCAAUACCGCCUGGCAGCUGCGAUUCAGCCACCUCGUAGGCUAUGGUGCCAAGUACUACUCUUACCUGAUGUCUAGAGCCGUGGCUUCCAUGGUUUGGAAAGAAUGUUUCCUGCAGGAUCCUUUUAACAGGGCCAUGGGUGAGCGCUAUCGCCGAGAGAUGCUGGCACACGGAGGCGGCAAGGAGCCUAUGCUCAUGAUUCAAGGUAUGCUCCAGAAGUGCCCUUCCAUCGAUGACUUCGUAGGUGCCCUUGUGUCCGACUUGGACCUGGACUUUGAGACCUUCUUCAUGGAUUCUGAGUAA